ACACAUCCCAGACAACACGCACUAAACCUCUGUCCAUACUUUCCUCCUCUUCAGUCUGUGCGUGCCUCGCCAAGUCGUGAGAGCGCAAGAACUUUCCGCUCUCUAGCACGGCUUAAAUUCGCGUUUUAAUUCCGCUACCAAGGUGCACCAUGGGAAACAAGAUGAGCAGAAGACGGGACACUGCACCAGCCGAGCAGAAGGCUGCAGAGGAGGCAAUCGACACUCAGGAAGCUGUGGUGGAGGCAGUAGCUGAUGCGCCAGUGGUGGUUGCAGAGGCGACUGAACCAGUAGUAGAAUCAGUGCCAGCACCGGUACAGGAGGCUGAGCCAGAGCCCCCCAAGCAGCCAGAGAUGGAGCCCUCAUUGGAGGAGCCGGUGAGUGUCCCACUAGUAGCCCCAGCACCGCCUGAACCCGAGCCCCUGGUGUCAGUCAGUAAACCAGUGCCAGUCGUCCCGGAGCCAAAGCCAGUCGUCCCGGAGCCAAAGCCAGUCGUCCCGGAGCCAAAGCCAGUCGUCCCGGAGCCAAAGCCAGUCGUCCCGGAGCCAAAGCCAGUCGUCAUAGAACAGGAGGCUGUCCCAGAGCCCUUCCUCUCCCCCGCCCCUCUUCUGGACCUUGGUGUCCCUGAGCUGACCCCUGAGCCCCUCGAUGCUCCCCCCUCCCACAGAUCUGCCCCAGACCAGCCCACAGACCUGAGGGGUGCAGAAUGCUAUGACGACAAUGUAAAGGGUGCCUGGAAUUCUGUCUCCGUCCCAGAAGAGUCCAAAGAAACCCCGGAGAAGCCAGCAACCAUGGCGGAGAAGCUUCUGUGUGAUGUCAUGGGCAGCGAGCUGAGCAAAGCGGAUUCUUCAACCACUUAGACCUGACGGCUGAUGACAUCAUGGUCAAUGAUGUCAUAGCAGACGACAUUCUGGAAGGUGACGUGUCCACUGAGCUGAUAUGGGAGGAGAAAAUAAAAACUAGAAGAAAAAAAAUGGACAAUGACGUUCUAAAAGAGGCAGACUCAGCAGAAAAAAAAUAUAAAAAAAGAAUACAACUUUGAUCUGAGAAGGCUAAAGGGAAAACUAAGACCGUGAAGUAGCAUUCAGAUAAUCUGAGACCUGGGAUGUAUUCCCUAGGAACCAAACAGAACCAAGUGUACGCAAAUGGAAUUAAACUGGGUGGGACCUACCUGAAUUUGUCCAAUAGAAAUUCUAGUUUCUGUUGCGAAACAUUUUGGAAUAAUGAUUAGACCCCAGGUAAUAGACUUGCCUUUCUUUCUGAGUGUAGGUUGACUAAAGGGAUUUGGUGAUGGGUGGCCAGGGCAGAAGUGUACCCAUCAUCGCCCUCUGAGCCAUAUAGACAUAACACUGCAUAGCAGAACACUUACAGUAACUAUAUAUGGUAACUAUGUAUGACAAGACGUUUGCCUUGGUGUGUACACCUGAUGAAUUGUAACAACGUUUGAAAUCGGCCUACAUUCUAUGAUGUACAUUCAUGCUUGGACUCUCACAAUCCUUCCUCUUUAACUCUGAAAUGGAGGUGACCUUAUUAUAUUUUCUUGAUGGUGAGAAGUGGUUUGGAGGGAUGUAUUAAAGGUGAUGGUCUGGUUGUGAAAAUAAAAUAAGAUUGUUCCACCUUGAA